AUGGCUAGUCGACUCGGAGUCUGUUCAGACACACACACACAGACACUCACGCUAAAUUUAAUGUUUUUCCCCCCAGGGAGGGGCAGAGAGAGCGGGCAUUCUUUGUGUUUACACGUCUUCAGAGGCUGUGAAGGUUUCAAUAGUGCAACUGCCGUCUUCAGCUUCAUUCGCACCCUCCUCCCAUCUGUCUAUUCGGCCCAGCAGCUGCCAGGCCCUCGUGAUUAUCACCUUAAUCGCCAUGUCCCCGUGGUAUUUGUCGCCAUGGCUGUGAGUGGGGCAGAGUUUCGAUUAUCCACAUCAUGUGAAUGGCGCCUCUGCAGUGGGAGGCUUUGCUUGCGUUCCCGGACAGAGACCGGAUUCAAGAUCAUUAUGACCAAAACACGACGGUCGCGUCGGUCUCUCCAGAAUGUUUACUCCAGUUAA